UGUUAACUUUAUAAGACACCUGCCACUGUCUGCAACAAGUGACACGCCGAACACCUGAGGAACAGCGUAUCCCUGGUUUGUUAUGUCAGGCUGGUUAAAGGACGGGGUGGUAUUGGAGGGGACGGGGAGUGGUCAGAUGUCCCCAAGCUCCAGACAGCAGAAUCCCUUGCCAAGUCGGAUAACGAGGUUAUCAUCCAGCAGCACGGGGAGCAGAGAACCCUCUCCUGGCUCGGACAGACAGGACAGUAUGAGUAAAGCUAAAGAGCUCUUUGAACUCUGUGAUAAAGAAUAUAAAGGAUUCAUCACAAAGAGAGACAUGCAGCGGUUACAAGGAGAGUUGCCUCUUUCUCCGGAACAGUUGGAGUCUGUGUUUGAGAGUCUGGACCGAGACCGGAAUGGUUACCUCACCCCCCUCGAGUUCCACACCGGCCUAGGAGAGCUGGUUGGUUCUGGGACUCAUGAGAGUUCUGGGGCGGAGGAGAGAUUGAGGAGAGAAGAGGGAGAGAGAGCCAUGGAUCGAAGAAUGGAGCCGGCGGAGAUCCGAUUCGCGCAGAUCCUCAUGGAGCUGGGAGCUGAUAAACUCUUUAAAGAUCAGUGGGAGUUGUGUACUCUUUGGUGUGAGCUCCAGAGAGACAAACCUGAGCUGUUGGAAGUCUUGGAGGAAGUUCUCUCUAGCACAGUGUCUCAUCUUCAGGAUGCACUCAAAGAGAGAGACAAUUUAGAACAGACGCUACGCAGGAGAGAAGAAGAUCAUGACAGAGUGGUUCGGUCCAUGUAUGAAGACAUGGAGAGUCAGUUAAAAGAAGAGAGAGAGAAACGACAAGCUCUGGACAGUGUAAGGCAAGGAGACAGGAAAGAACAGCUGCUGCAGGAACUAAGGACCCGAGAGCAGGAACUGGAGUUCACACUCACCAAACAGAGAGAGCUGGAGAGUAGGAUCAACACUAUGAGCAGUGAUCAGGCUGACACUCGUGGGGAGUACCGCAGAUUGCAGAACCUCAACCAGCAGCUACAAAAUGAACUGGAUCAGAAUCGAGAGGAGCUGCAGCAUGCCCUGAGUCAGCUACAACAACUGCAGAACAACAUCAAACACCAGCAGAAGGGCAAAGAGAGAGAGGUCCUGAAAGUGUCCCGAAACAUGCAGAAAGAACGAGAAAGCCUGAUGAGACAGCUGGACCUGCUCAGGGAUAUGAACAAGCGCCUUCGGGAUGAUAAAGAUGCCCACCAAGCUCAGAUGACGGUUAGUCUAAAAUAUCCCUUCAUGAACCCUACUCCUUACCCACCAUGCCGCUGUGUGCACGCCUCCUCGCCGUGGGCACGCUCCAUUUACCCGUAUUGACCUUCGCCCUCAACAUGUCCAUGUAGCAUAUCCCACAUCACACAAGUUCGGACAGUGCAGCUAAAUGUGAACGGAUGCAUUCACGUAACCAUAUGUAAAUAUCUGGGUUUCCGCAAUCCCGUGUUCUCAUGGGAAUUCGAUUGAUUCUGGAUGACGGCAGCCACACCUUCUUAUGGAAUAAUACAGAAGUCUGAAUUCAUAAACAUUUUUGUAUUUGCCAUAUGCAGCUGUGUUUAUUUUGUUAAUCUGGAAAUGGGCUCUUAAAGGAACAACAACAAAUGACUUUAAGGAAACUUUGAACAUAAUAACGUAAGUCAUGAUGGAGCUCAUGUGGAACAUUUGAAACUGUUAGUAGGGAAUUUGAGCUGCUCCUCUCGGAAUAAACGGGAUGACAGCGGGAGAAAGAUGUUUUCCAUUUCGGUCUGUUACUGUGAUUCAAUUACAACCAAUUAAAUGUUAAAUUACAGUGUCAGUUGGGACUUUGUUUCUCUUUAUCAUUGUGAUCUCUAUUAAACAAAAUAACUUCCUGUAUGAAAGAAAAAGAAAGAACGUUCCCUUAAAGAAAAGUACUGGUCAUAUUUUCCCUAAAAUUAAUAGAGAAAAAAUAAGAAAUCAAAUUUUGCCUAUUUUAAAGAUUUUUUUUGUUUUGCAUUGUAACAUUGUAACAUUAUUUCUUAACUAUCAUAUUACAAAAUGCAUUGCAUAAUAUAAUUUCUUUGUUUUUUUAGGUGAAAUUUGACACGGAUAAUUGUUAUGCGAUUCAUCUAAAAUAAGAAUGAAUUGCCAAGUUAAUUACUUGGUUGUUGACCAGUUACAUGUAAUCAUGUCAGGACCCUGAAACAGGGCAGCUUACCUCAUUACCUCUUGUUUUAUGUCUUUUUUGUAACUUUUUUUUUGUAAUAUAGUACAAUUUUGUUUAGAGGUUUCCUCUGUAUUUCUUUUGAAAUGAACAGUUCUGUCAAAUGACAGUUUAUGUGUUUUUCUCUGAGUGACUUGAGAACAAAAUGUAAAGAUUUAAUAUAGAGAUGAGAUAAAUCUGAACAAACAUGUUAUCAAUCAUUGUGACAUUGAACAAUAAAAACAC